CACUGUUUCUAAAUUCAAUUUAACAGUUGGAAAUCUAAGAGAAAAGAUUAUAGAAACAGGCAAAAUUACAACAUCAUCUUAAUGGUAGACCAAAUAUAAGAGUUCGUGAAGUAAUGGAUCUCCAGAAAAGUGCCCAGGAUGUUAUCCGAUGUGACCUUUGUGAGACUGCUGUGGUACAGAUGCACUGUGAUUUCUGCGAUGUUAACUUAUGUAUACCUUGCAUAGGAAGACAUGUUUCUGAUGGCUAUGAUAAACAUAAAGUGGUUCCGUUUGAAGAAAGAAGAACAACCUUGAUCUUUCCAAGGUGUACAAAACAUCCAACCAAAAUAUGUGAGUUGCAGUGCAAUGAAUGCAAUAUUCCUGUAUGUUCAUUAUGCUCAGCCUCCAUUCAACACAAAAAGCAUGAUCUCUUAGUCCUUUCAGAAAUAUAUGGUGCAAAGAAGGAAUCCAUGGGAAAUGAUGCAAAAGAAAUAGAAAAUAAUCUUUUUCCAGCAUAUGAAUCAAUAGCAAUUGUCAUUGAAACUCAAAUGACCAGUUUAGACGGGGAUUACGGGUAUCUUACAGAAUUAGUGACGAAACACGGAGAAGAAUGGCACAAAGAAAUUGAUAGAAUCAUAGAGGAAAUGAAAAAUGAAAUCAAUGAGAUUAAAAUCAAACAUAAUAGCAUUCUGAAACAGCACCUUGACGAAAUCAAGCAAAUACAAUCUCUUAUGGACCAAACACUGCUCACUCUACAAGAAAUUGAAGUAUCCAAUAAAAUGACCUUAGCUUUAGAAUACUCCUCCAAAAUCGCUGAAUUCAGGAAACUUCCUCCCAACGUUCACGUAUCACUACCAACCUUUAUCUCAGAAAACAUAAACAGAGAACAGAUUUACAAAUUAUUUGGAUCUUUAUCACCUUUAUCCAUUAAAAAGGAAGGCAACAGACAGAAGGAAAUGAAGACCACAGCUACUUAUAAAGAACUAUUGGAAGUUCCAGAACCCAUUACGUCCAUUAGUACAGGGUAUAAAAUCCGCGGUGCUAAAUGUUUAAAUGAAAAAGAAAUCUGAAUAUGUGGCAACUCAUGUGAUUUAAAAUGCUUUAACAUUAAGAGUUUGGUUACAAAUACUGUCAAAACAAAAUCAGGGGACUUUCCAUAUAAUAUAACAUUAACAGGUGAUGGGGACCUGGUUUACUCUGAUGGGACAACAAGGACUGUGAAUAAAGUAAGGAGUGGGCAGAUAGAGGAAAUAAUCAGACUACAGGGCUGGAUACCUCAACAACUCUGUAGUACCUCCUCUGGUGAGCUCCUGGUUACUAUGUACAGUGAGGUUGGAAAACAAUACAAAGUGGUUCGCUACUCAAACUUCACAGAGAAUCAAACAAUCCAGUUUGAUAAAAAGGGUAAACCUUUGUAUUCAGAAAGUAGCUUCACUAAACAUAUCAGUGAGAACAGAAACCUGGAUAUCUGCGUCGCUGACUACAGUGCCAGUGCUGUAGUCGUAGUCAAUAAGGCUGGUAAUCUCAGGUUCAGAUACACUGGUCAUAGCUCUAUUAUUAAGAAAAAACUAUUCAAACCAUGGGGAAUCACAACAGAUAGUCAGUGUCAUAUUCUGUCAGCAGACUUUUAUAAUAAUUGUAUUCGCAUCCUAGACCAGAAUGGACAGUUCCUACGUUAUAUAGAUAACUGUGAAUUAAAUGAACCUACCGUUUUGUGUGUUGACAAAAGUGAUAAUCUCUUUGUUGCUGAGGAUGGCUCUGGAAAUCUAAAAGAGAUUAGAUAUGUCAGAUAGACACAAA